UGUUCUCGAGUAUAUUUUACGUCUGAGUGCAUUGGAAGUUAGUGAGCAAACAAAUCAUUUAGAUGUGGCUGAUGAAAAAAUUAAUUUGUUUCUUAAAGACGAUGAAUCAUCCAGUGGUGGCUCGGUUGCUGCAAGUUCAACAACUGUUGAACCAUCAUCUCCAACCAAGCCUACAUCACAAUCAUCAUCAAAUGUUAUUGGCGUGGAUUCUUCAUUG